AUGAGCUGGGACGAUGAGAUAAUUUCCUUGAAGGACUUUUUGAAACUAGACCGAUUGCGCCAGGAUGAGUAUCUGCACCGAGAAAGCCCCGGCCUAGCUGCCGUGCUGUCUGGGGACGAAACCACGGCAAAGAAACUUUUCGACAGUGUUCCUCAGAGCAAUCCAGCUGGUCCUGAUAACUGCCUGCAACGGAGCCAUUUUCUGCUGCGGGUAGUUGGCACUCUUGCUUCUCAACUCGCCUGGGUUUUUUGGAAGAACAUGCCCGUCAUUUUCUGGGUCCUGCCGUACUACCAUUACGUCCGGCUUAUUCUCAAGAGAACCAUACCGCCGGGUUGGGUCCUGGUCGCCUGGCUGGUAGUGGUUUUAAGUCACGAUCCUGUCAAGUAUACCGUCAGUCGUCACCCCCUGGGCACAAUAUGGGCACCUGCAGACCUGUGGCGACUGUGGUACAUAUUAGCCGCGCCGGUCUUGUGCCAAUCAUUGCUGCAGAUUCCGACACUGUUGAAGAAACUACAUGGUCUAGCAGCUAGGUGUUUUGGCGAUGCCUUUGACGUCGACAUCUCCUUGUCCGAAGCCGUGAUUGAGAGCUUCAAACCUACUCUUCCUGGAUCAGCGGGCGACCUACACGACCGCAAGGUGAUGAUGGACGCCGACUUGGCCGCAAGGGAUUUCAAUGUAGACACACCGGAAUACGACUGGCAAAACCGGACAGCGCAUAGGAAGUCGGCCCAUGGUGAUUGGGACAGAUACUACAGCAGGCUGAAGUACACGGCAAGACGACGUCAAGACAGACGCUCCCUUUCCCAUUGUAUUAUCGUGCCACGGUUUGACGAUUCUGCCAGCAAGCGUGCGAGCGACCUGCCGCCAAAGUCGUUGCGCGUCAGGAUAUUCGAAAACCGAGGCACGCAGACUAACUUGGAGGAGCUUCAAAAUGGCAUGGUGGUAGCUGGCACCCAGACGGAAGCACAUGAUGCUACAUAUAUGCAAGGCGAAGAAGUUGCAGACAAAUCAAUCGCGAAAGUUCAGGAAGCGGUUUCCAGAGUGCCUUUGAGCGCCGACGUCAGGAUAAAGACCGAGUUCAUCACACAAGAUCCAAAAGACGCGGCCGGGACAGAAACGGCUCAAAUAAUGUACGCCCGCGAGAAGCUGUCGUUGUCUUCUACGGGAUUACCAAACCCAGAAAGACGACUACGCAUCCCAGCACAUGAGAAGCCAGUACAUGAGAAGGAAGGGUCUGGACCCGGUCUAGACAAGCAGAAACAGCCUGUUUACGACUCUACUGACGGUGGAAGCGGAAUACCGCCAAGUGUGAACCCAGCAGACGCAUUGACACGGCCAACGAUAGAUGUUGAAAGACAAGUACAGAAGAUACCUGAAACUCCGAGACCAUCAUUAGAUAACCAUGAGAAACACAUUUUCUGUGAACCGACGGCUAGCCGCGUCGCAGAUAUGAUGUCGCUACCAAUUGCUCCGACAUGGAACAGAAUACUACAAUCAGAUGCGGCGAACGCUUUCGGAACCGUACAGACUCCCUUGCCAAAACUGGAAUUUGACUUUCGGUUUACAAGGGCCAAAGAAAAUCCACUUAUUCAAAGGAGCAAGGCCAUUCUAAACCAUGAAAAAAAGCGAACCUCUUUGAGCGAAAGACGCAGAGGGAAGGACUCUAUCAUUCAAAAAGCCACCAUGAAAGAAAUUACGUCCGACAAUGACGAAACCACACGCUUACAAUAUAGAUAUGGCCGCCUAGGGGCAGCAGUGAGUCCCACGUUGGAUGCUGUCCCAGAGGCAAGUAAAGACGAAGAGGCUCGGUUGUCAGAUGACGAUACGACGACAACUGCGCCUGAACACGUACCGCUGCCUGCCAGUCCGCCAACCCCAAUACCGAAUGGUGACUGCCAACUCAAGUUGCUUCAAAGCUGUGUCGACGUGGACAUGGCCGAACUCUGGUUUGCGGAUACACUGCCUGAGCCCACGCCACAGAUAUCACUGCCCAUGGGGUUCGGCGCAGAAGGCAGCAUGGAUUUUGACACAAACCUUCUAGAAUUCUUUUACCAAGACGGAAGCAUCGAAGCUGAUAUCAGUGAACUAAUGACCAUGGAAGUUGAUACGGCGACCAGCAGAGAAGGAUACAAGGACAAUGUGGAUGCGGAUGCUCCGGAAAUUUCGAAUUAUUCGCGGGAGGAUGCUCUUGGCGAACAUUUUGACGCCUCAGCGUCUCUGACACAACAGCCUGCGGGACUCGAAAUGGCCGACCUGAACAUACUAUGCGGUCAGAUGGAUUAUCUGAGCUUUGUUGACGGGGAUGAGAUGCUAUGGGAUAAUACCGAAUUCCCUUCCGGUCUGUCUGACGACUCCUUUCAGGCCUUUCUAGAAGCCUUGUCAGCACCCCUUAUCGAAACCACAACAGAUGGUCUCUUACAUAAUGAAGACCUCGAUCUCGGCCAGUGGGCGUCCUUUGAGCCCACAGACGCUGUGAAUACCGACAUGGAACUUGAUCAUUUUGGCUUUUCAGAGCCCGAAUAUGGACUAGACAUUGUAAUGGAAGACCAAAGUGAACACGGCCAGAAGACUAACCCGGUGGGUUCGAAGAUGGGCGAUACCGCAGAUGGGGAAAAUGUAGACAUGCAACCCUGCACGGGACUUGAGGAGUUCGAAUUCUACUCAUCGUUUACCAACAUUUCUAUCGAUGACUAUAACCAGCUUUCAGAAUAUCUCGAACUCGGAAAUGAUCAGAACUACACGCAAGUAGAGCGGAAUACUCUGGGGCCGGUUGAAUACGAUUUUUUAACGGCAGGGCUGCUCACGAACGAGGCAGAGCCAGCGCCACUCGACGAUUCCAAUGGCAUAUUGGAGCUCUUCCCUGCAGAGGGUACGGCUAUCUCAGAUGCACAUCAUAGCGUCCAGCAACCAAAUGAUCAGGCUGGCCCCGAGGCAUGCCGUGGUCAACAUCUUGAGGACGGCUCAGUCGCAAACCCCGCGGGAAGUGAGAUUAAUUCCCCAAAGCGGCAAGUCGCAGAAGCAGAACAUCAAGAGGAACUGAUUCCCAGCCCCCAGGGCGUAGAAAGGCCAGUAGCAGAUAGUGAACUGAGAGUGCCUGGAAAGCCAGACCGUCCAUCGACGCAAGUCUUGUUCGAAAGCCUAGGGACCGAGGUGAUAGCAGCAAGACCUGAAAUAGCGUUGACAAGUGCAGAGCCAACUGCCGGAGUUGUAGCUGCUCAUUCGCAGAUCUCGUCUCGUACAGAUAUUGAACAGUCCCAAGAAGUGGAAACAAAGGAUGAUGAAGCAACAAUUGCGGCCGGUAAGAAGCUCACUUCCGAGAGCUACCGUCGUCCUGAACUUCUUCUGGCGGGGGCAGAGCAGCCGAGUGAUGAAACAGCUAAUACAUCGUUUAACGCGGUUGUAAGCGGGAAAGAAGUUGAAGCUGAUUCCAAGUCAGGUUCGCGUGCUCAAGCUUCUGACCCCUCUCCUAAAAACCGGCCGACUGAUUCUCAGGAUAUAUCCACACGCGAGUCUUAUGGCGAAGAGACCAUCAGGACACCUACCUUCGUCGAAACCGGCACUGGCCAGCUCACGACGAGAAGCGGGCAUGGUUCUGAUGGCCGCGAAGAUGAUGCAAAGGCAGCAGCAGCAAUAGGCCCCAUCAACAUCGGCGGCCUAAUUCUUCCUGGGGGGAAUCCCUCGUUUCCGGGCUCGCUCGAGCAGCCCGUGACACCAGCACGACCGGCAAAAUCGCCUUCUCUGCCGCGGGAUAAAGAGGAAGAGCUGCAGAGACAAAAGCUCCGAUGGCGCAAAUAUCGGCAAGCACGAGUGUUCAUCGACAAGGGCAAUCAGGUCAUGUCAACGAAAUACGGCACGAGAGAAAAAGGGUCCGUGGAGCGAGACGAAGACUUGAAAAGCUCUCGGAAACUGGCCGAGCUGGCUGGCGGGUUGCCAGUCAGCAACUUGUCACCAAGCAAAGAAGCAGAGAGAUGGCAAGACAAGGUCCAACCUCGGGGCGUCAAGAUUGUUCCCCUAUCAACCAUCCGGGCCAUGAUGGAGGGUCAAAACAGCGGCGAUGAAAACGAAUGA